AGCGCGCGUCAUUCCAAAAUAUUGUUAACCAUGCAAGAUAAUUUUGCAAACAAACUGGUCGUUAUUUCGCAAUAGUAGACCAUUUUUGUGCAUUGUCGUUUGAUUUGACAUGAAGAAAAGCUUAUAAAGUGCAGAUCAGUGGAGAAGAUGCCUGAAUGGCCUUGCACAAUAUGUACAGAACCACUUGCACAAGCUGAACUAUCAGCUUGUCCUUGUGGACACGUUUAUCAUUAUCAUUGUCUUGAGAGGUGGUUGCAAAGAAGCAACUCAUGUCCAACUUGUCGUAAAAGAACUACAUCUGGCUUAAGAUUGUUUUUUAGUAAUGAAAAAGAUUUCUCAUCAAGUGGUGCACAAAAUGGAAAUGAUUCAAAAUUGAUAACUGAACAACUUCGCAAACAAAAGGCAUUGACUCUUGAGAAAGACAAUGAAAUAAAGACAUUGAAAGAAUCACUUCAUGAUAUUGGUGUCAGGUUUGAUGAAUAUUGCGAAAGAAACGAAACACUAAAAAGAGAAUUUGAUGAAAAAUCAAACACUGUUGACUCUCUCAAGAAACAAGUCAAGUUUUUGACAGAAAAAACAAAACGUAUGAAUCAAUUGGAAAAGCAAUUAGAAUCGAUGAGAGUAAAUCUAUCUCAUUUAGAAAGAUUUCAGGUUAUGAUCGAAGGCACUCGUACGGAAGUUGAUGAUUUGUUAAAGACCAUUGGGACAAGUCCAAAAACUGCUCGAGAACUGGCCGCGCAAGUCACCAUCAUGAAACAUGAGAACAAGAAAUUUCAAGAGGCAAAGGAUAAAGCACGAAACGAAAAAGCUCAAAUUGAAAAGGAUUACAAUUCUCUGAGACAUCAGCUAAUUUCCAAAGACGUUGAAUGUCGAAACUUAAGGAAAAAGUUAGAAACGCAAGACGAUCAACUUAAUGAGAUAGAGGAAGAAAAAAAGCAUUUAAAGAAGAAAGUAGACAAGAUGAAGGAAUCAUUUGAUACGGAAAGUCCUCGUUCUACCCUCAUCAAUAGACUCUUGCAAGAAAGCCCUGUUCCUAUUAAAUUAGAUGAAAAUAUAAGUUUUUCUUCGCAUACGGUGAGCAACAAAGAGGAAAGUGAAAGGAAAGAAGGUGAAGUGAGCAAGAUUGAAUUCGCCUCCCCAGUCUACCCUGGUGCUUAUCUGAAGAGGAGAAAGCGUUCGUAUGCCAAUUUAGAGAACACAGGACGAAUGCGCCGUGGAUAUAACGGACUUGGAGGACGCUCUACCGUUCUGUUGCCCUUUCUAGGAAACUCUCAAACAAAGAAAGCGAGGAAAGUAUCAAGACCACAAAACAUUUCGAAGUUUGUUAGAACUAAGUCAAAUCAGCCGUUGCCUAGUAUGUAAUAGAAUAUUGAAUAUUUCUGUACAUUGUUAGUAUUAAGUAAUGAACGUGUUGUUCGUGUAUAUUUUGUAUAUUUAUAAAAGAUAUUGAGGAAUAAUCAUCAUAACACUCAUUUGUUUACUGAAGCAACCCUCAAAUGGUGUAAAUGUUCAGUUGGUUGAAAUUAAGUUACACUUAAUUUGACUAAAUGACUGUAUUAUGCUAUAUAUUUACUUUUGUUCUAUCCUACAUCUUAUGAAGUUUAAUAUCAUAAAAAUUUAGUUCGUUUCUCCAACCGUUCUUUUAGAUUCUUGAAAAAAGUUUAUGGUGUAUUAGUUUGUUUCAUUGAUUGUUUACUUAAUAGAAUAUAUUUUUUUAUUACUUUCA